AUGGAUAGCGACUGCGGCGUAAAGGCACUCUGCGCAUGCUUGUUGUCUCACAGGCAGCAGCAGCAGCUCCAGGAAAAGCUCCUUCGCUGUCCUCCUGGACAGAGCAGAUCAGCUAAGACUGCUAUGGCACCCAUGGCCUGUCCCGGCAAAGGCCGCGAUACAUGCCUCGUGGACUCGCUUCGCUCCACUGGGGUGAAGGUGCCCUACAGAGGUCAUGGCCCCUUUCGCGUGCUCACGGACGGCAACGACAUGGUAGCGUAUGCCAUACUUCGUGUGCAGAAGAUGGACGCGCCGGGUCGAUACAUACUGUAUCGUGCUCGCGAUCAGCACUUCAUGGGGGCUCGAGUGCAUGAAGACGGUACCUGCACAGUAUCCUCGUCGUGUCGACCAGGCGACGCUCAGCUUCGAGAUGUCGCAGAGCUGCAAAGUUCUCUCCAAGGUAUCUAUGCCGUAGUCUCCAAGGAGCUUCUGCACAGCACCUCACCUUUCCUUGCCUCGGAAGACGUCUGCGGCGGUGGUGACAGACUCGGAGGUACGCUGCCUGUCGAAUUUCUGCGAUGGCUGCCGGGGUACUUCUUCUCGCCCCAGUAUCUGGGCGCGUUGGCAGCAGUCUCCAACGAACUGAAAGUGGCGGUUCGGGACUACAGGCAAUGGAAAGGAAGAGACAUCAGCAUCGACAGCCUCGAGUUUGCCAACGGCCAAGUUCUGCGGUCAUUUUCGCAUGUGUGGCAGAAAUGCAGGUCGCUGUCCAUGAACAUCUUCCAGAUGGUUACGUUGGACACCCUGCCGGAGCAAGCCAUGCUCACAUGGACUGCGGACAAAGUGGCACCAGUGGCCAGGCAUGGCGGCUUCAUGCUGGGUGCAUGGUCUUCCCAUCCGCUACUGGGCUGUGCCAGCUUGCACCUGACCGUGUCCGCCAACAUCUCAGGUCUGUACAUAGGUGUAAAGGAUCCCCGGCUCAGUGGUCGAACCUUUGUUCGAAUCACCAACCUGCACAGGGCGGACCUGACAUGGGCGAUGGGAACGCAUGGGCUGCCGUCAAUGCCGUACUUCGACGCGGGCUGCCAUCGGUUGCAGGCCGGAACUCGGCACAAGGUCGACCUGCGUUGGAGCCAAUCCUUUUUUCGUCUGCACUUGGAUGGCCGCUGCGUCCUUGCUGACUCAGUGGAGUCGCUGACGGCAGCUCCAAUUUUCUCCAGCCUGUAUGUUUGGGCUUUCGGGCAAAAGGAAAUAUCGGAGCAUGACCUUGUCGUUGCAGCUUGUCCGUCAGCCAUUAACGCGGACGCACGCAUUCGGUGCAGCCAGUGCAACCGUAGGGAUAGCCUGGCCGCUGGGGAUUGGGCUAUCUGUCCGCGGUGCUUCACGUGGGCGUGCCGGCGUCAUUUGGAGGAAGUGCCUUUCAGAAUGUGUAAUGGUCCCUGCGAUGCCGAGCUGGACGACUACUUAGGUGGCGCGGAUGCAGACACGGUGGACCAGGAGAACCAGGAACUCGACAUUCCGGGCAACAACGUCAGCGGGUGGGCAAGCACUCAUCCCCUCUUCGGAGCAGCAAGAUUUUCACUGACCCUGCCACGCAGCGUGAUGGCCAUCUAUAUCGGUGCCAAGGCGAUCACGAGCAACCGGAGCUCUUACAUGAAAAUCGCUGCUCCUUACACGAGGUUUUGUCAACUUUCGGUGGGGUACAGUGGCGCCCCUCUCCAGCGUUUUCCGUCGAACAUGGUCAACAGUAGGCUGAAUCCUCCUGGCGCAGCUAACGAGUUUCUGCUGAACUGGUCAACCCAUCGACUGCAGCUGUAUUUGAACAGGCAAAAAAUCGGCACGGCUCGCCUCGAGGAAGGAUACGCCGACAUGCCCGGAGCUUUUUCAUCACUAUUCAUCUGGGUUAUUUCCAAGCCAUCUGCGACAGAGACAGCCACCAUGAAUCCACUGCUUUCGCCCGUCGAUCCUGAGACUUUGGUGAGGUGA